CUACGUCGUUGGGAAGCCUGGCGUUCCGGAGAAGCUCAGUGGGAGUGGCGCGGAGCUGCUACCGGGAGUCCUAAAACCCUGAGCUGCCGCAAACCCGGUCUGCAAGCUAAUAUUUAAAAAAUGACCACACCAAACAAGACACCUCCUGGUGCUGACCCUAAGCAGUUGGAAAGGACUGGAACAGUACGGGAAAUUGGAUCACAAGCUGUUUGGUCAUUGUCAUCUUGCAAACCAGGAUUUGGAGUGGAUCAAUUACGAGAUGACAAUCUAGAAACUUAUUGGCAAUCAGAUGGCUCCCAGCCUCAUUUAGUGAACAUUCAAUUCAGAAGAAAAACAACAGUGAAGACGUUAUGUAUUUAUGCGGACUACAAAUCUGAUGAAAGCUAUACUCCAAGCAAGAUCUCAGUCAGAGUAGGAAAUAAUUUCCACAACCUUCAAGAAAUUCGGCAACUUGAAUUGGUGGAACCAAGUGGCUGGAUUCAUGUACCCUUAACUGAUAAUCAUAAGAAGCCAACUCGAACAUUCAUGAUACAGAUUGCCGUUCUAGCCAAUCACCAAAAUGGAAGAGACACCCACAUGAGACAAAUUAAAAUAUAUACACCAGUAGAAGAGAGCUCCAUUGGUAAAUUUCCUAGAUGUACAACUAUUGACUUCAUGAUGUAUCGUUCAAUCAGGUGACCUGGAUAUAGAACAGAAGUCAUUAAACAUAUCUGUGUUUUCUCUGGUCAGUAAAUAUUAUAUCUGAUAUCUUUAUUGAAAAAUCCUGUUGUUUUACAGUUUUUUGUAUGCAUUGAAAACUAUUUUAUUAUAGUUUUAAAAAAUAAAUUUUGGGUCAUACCAGCUUUAUUUUCUUUAACAUAAUAACACUCACAUAUUUUAUAUUA